UGUCACUUACAUGAGAAUUUUCUUCUUUAAUUCUUAUUUAGACGGCCAUUAUCAUGCUUUACAGGCUUUUAUCGCCACUCGCAGUAAUUUUACUAGUAAAUGGCCAAACUGACGAGUGGUGGCCGACGGCUACCCUCUAUCAAGUUUAUCCACGUUCUCUAAAGGACACAAACGGCGAUGGUGUUGGCGACAUUAAAGGCAUAACUGAGUCGAUUCCACACUUGAUUGACGCCGGAAUUGACUGCGUUUGGCUUUCGCCGAUAUACAAAUCACCCAUGAAAGACUUUGGCUAUGACAUUUCUGACUUUUUAUCGAUUGAUCCAAUUUUCGGCACUUGGGACGACUUUCUUGAACUAGCCAGAGUAAUUAAAGAAGCAGGUUUGCGACUGGUCAUGGACAUUGUGCCAAAUCACACGAGUGACAAGCAUGACUGGUUUUUAAAAUCAAUCAAUAGGGAAGAUCCAUACACAGAUUAUUACAUUUGGAGGGACUCAUUAGGGAUAGACCAAAAUGGCACGCAAAUUCCUCCAAACAACUGGAUAAGUGCUUUUGCUGGUUCUACGUGGGAAUGGAACGAACAACGGCAGCAAUUUUACUUGCAUCAGUUUACGGUGGCGCAGCCAGACUUGGACUACCGCAAUCCUUUAGUUAUAGAGGAAAUGAAGAAUGUUUUGCGCUUUUGGCUGGAGAAUGGAAUGGACGGUUUCCGCGUAGACGCCCCAGGACACAUUGUCGAGCACAUUGACUUCCUGGACGAGCCUCCCACAAACGACCCCAACUGCCCACCGAUGCAGUUCUGUCAAUUGCAGCACAUCUAUACAAUGAACCAGCCUGAAACGCUGGACGUACUUCGAGAGUUCAGAAAAGUGAUAGAAGAAUAUGAAGUUGCGUCUGGCGAGAAAAAGGUGAUAAUGAGCGAGCCCACAAACAAUAUUGUUGACACGAUGUCUUUUUAUGGUACUCCUGAUGACCCACUGAUGGAUUUUCCUUUUAAUGUCAAUUUCGUAUUUGACAUAAAUAACCAAACAAACGCCUCCACUUUAAAAUACGCCAUAGACAAUUGGAUCGAUAAUAUGCCUGCGCACGCCACGGCUAAUUGGGUGAUGGGCAACCAUGACCAGCCUAGAAACAGAGAGAGGCAGGGCGAGGAAUUUGCCAUGGCCCUCAGCAUGGUGAACCUUCUGCUCCCAGGCAUCUCCAUUACCUAUUAUGGCGAGGAGAUAAAUAUGGACAACACUUUUGUUUCCUGGGCAGACACUCAAGACCCUCAAGGUUGCAAUGCGGGGCCUGAAUAUUAUCAGAGAUUUUCAAGGGACCCUGAAAGAACUCCGUUCCAAUGGAAUAAUCAAACCUUUGCAGGGUUUACAACUGGAAAUUCUACGUGGCUACCCGUGAAUGAAAACUAUUUGUAUACAAAUUUGGAGGAUCAGAAGUUACCCAAUAGGAUCAGAAGCCCCUUCAAAAUUUUCCAGGCGCUCACUGCUGCUAGAAAAACAGAGGCCAUUAUAACUGGUUCUUUCGAACAUCGCGUUUUGACUGAAAACGUUUUUGCCUUUGUGAGGGAGGCACCGGCGGCCACUUUGAAUUAUUUGGUUGUGGUUAACACGGGAUAUGCUGAAGACCAGGCAAAUGCAAAUGAGCAGUUUCCGCAGUUGCCUACUGUAGGAACAGUUUAUACGUCUACAAUUUCAUCAAAUCAAGAAAUUGGUGACGUUAUAAAUCUGAAUGCGAUAAAUUUGCCUCCAAGGGGUGGUAUUGUGAUUACUUUUACGCUGUAACAGUUGUUUUAUUAAAUGCUAAUAAAAAGUACUUUACAAUUAAUUUCUGAAU